UGGCCAGAAAUAACUAAUAAGACAUUCACUCUGAGACGGGCGGCCAGCCGGCCCGGACGAACGCGCUGUCACAGCGCCGGAUAUUGGUGAACGAAAAGUGGUAUCACUUGGGGCCCCAUAGAGAGGGCCCCGCACCGGAAGAGGCCGCCGCAAGGCGGUCAAACACUCAGGCAUGGAGCAGUUCGAGCAACUGCUGACGUGCGCUAUAUGCCUGGACCGGUACAGGAACCCAAAGCUUUUACCAUGCCAGCACAGCUUUUGCAUGGAGCCAUGCAUGGAUGGUCUAAUUGAUUAUGUGAGACGACAGCUCAAAUGUCCAGAAUGCCGCGCGGAACAUCGUGUACCUUACCAGGGCGUGCAGGCGUUCCCGACCAACGUGACCCUGCAACGAUUCCUGGAAUUGCACAUCGAGAUCACCGGAGAGCUGCCAGACCCGACCAGCGGCCAGACAAUGGAACGGUGCGGCGUUUGUUCAGAGAAAAGCUACUGCUCCCUCUGUGUGCACUGCGAGAAAAAGUGCUGCUCCGAGUGCAAGGACGCUCACAUGGACAUCCUCAGGCGUGAGAUUACGCGCAUCAAUUCCCAGAUUCGCAGAGGGUUGCACAGGUUGCAGGACGCGUUGGCUCUGGUGGAGAAAAACACCCUUGGUCUGCAAACAAACUGCGCCUCGGUCGCGGAAGAGGUGGACGAGAUUUAUCGGAGGCUGAGCAAGGCUUUGAAAGACCGUACUGAACAUCUGCGUAACGAGGUCGAUCGAUACCUGAGCACCGAGCUCAGAGGCAUGAUUCAGCUCAAAGAGAAUCUCGAAUUGGAAAUCGCGAAUAUUCAGAGCAACUGCGAUUUGGCGGAGGCUCACAUCAAUGAGAACGUGCCGUGGGACGAUUCGGAGCUCCUCGACACAAAAGAGCUCUUCCUGCGCACCGUGGAAUUCAUCAGGAACUUCGAGUACGAAGCCGGGGAUUACAGCCGGCGAGUGCGUUUCGUGAUGGCCCACGAUCCGAACCAGCUGGUCCUCCACGUAGCGGGUUACGGCGAGCUGAAUAUUAAGCCGGAGACCGGAAGCGGAGGGUUGCUGGGUAGUUCGAGCAGCCUAGCGCCACCCGGAGGAUCGCCCGGCCUCAUGAGAAGUAAAAGUGACCAUCGUCUGGCUUCGCAGUACAGGCAGCAAGAGGAGGAACGGCUCGCGAGAAAUCGAUACCUGCCCGAAUACGAGUACGAAGCGCCGGAGUACGAAGUAUCGAGGAACAAAUCGAGGUACAGGAGUCGAUUUAUGCGGCAUCGGGACGGUGACGACUCCGACGGGGACACGAGGUCCACCGUCAGGUUCACGUCGACGCCUCAGGAAUCCUCAGGACUACGCGAACGCGUUCUGGACACAGAGGACGCGGCGCGUGGGCCACUCUCGGGUAUCUUUCGUCUGACCGACUCGCCGCGCGUCAUGAAGAAGCUCCAGGAGUACGAAAGAGCCGGAAAGAGAAAGAAAGAAGAGCCAGCUCCUCAUCCUGUUCAACAAACCCCACCACCAAAGCCUCAGGUACAGAUCAGAAAGGUACCCACAGCGAUGGCGAGGCAGACCAGCGAGGACGAUGAGAUUUCCAGGAUCAAGAAGCAAAACAAAACCGUGGCCACGCCACCUGCGACAGAAACGGUCGAGGAACGUCCAACCCCUAGGGAAACACCCCCGGAACGGGAACCUGAGGAACCAGUGCGAAGACCGAUACCCACGAGGAGAACUUCGACGGAUACCCACGCCCCCGCGACGCGAGGCGCUUCAUCAGACUCGAGCACCGGCUCCGAAAGCUCAGGAGGAUCAGGAAUCCGUAGCACCGGUGCGCCAUUCACCGCCGAGGAAAUGAAGCAGAAAUACUUGGCGAGAGCACCGACGUCGAACUCGGCGUCCACGGUCUCGACGCCGACCACUGGCACGACGACGCCCGCCAAGGAUUCCACCAACGCCACCACGCCUGCGACGCGCACCUUUCAAAGCCGUUUUUUAGGCACAGGUAACCGUGCGGCUCCUGCGCCACCCACGCAAGCACCAGCGGCGCGGGAAGAGACAAAGGAACAAGUGGAGCAGGAGGACGACGAGGACGAGGAAACGAGCAGCUCCAACUCCGAGUCGGAAUCCGAGACCGAGGAAUCGGACGUGGAAACUACGCGCCCCGCGAACGCCCCGUAUCUCGUCUUGGACAUAGAAGAGUUGACGAGGAAGGCUAACCAAAUCGCGAAGACAAGGCGCGGCAGCGAGGACUCGCCCUCGACCAGGUAUUCGACGCCGAGAGGGAGUCCCGCGCUAACGACGUCGAGCACGACGACUACGUCACCGACGACGACUGCAACAGGCGCGGUGACGUCGACCGCAACGGGCGCCGUGACGUCGACGACAACGCCGGCCGGCUACACCAGCAGGACGUUUAGUGACGAACACGAUGAACCGUCAACCGAUCGUCGCGAGGAUUACGAUAUCGCGGCUAAGAACGCGGAUUACGAUAUUGACGGUGCGGACGGAUCGAUGGUUAAACCGCAGUCGAACAAACGGACCCACACGGACGAUAGUACGGACACCGACGAAACGAUCACCUCAUCCUCCUCCUCCUACGCGACUAGAUCCAAGUGUCUCGAAGGUAGCGGUUACGAUAGUCGACUAGAGAACCGCAACGAGGCCCGCAAGGUCCACGCGUUAGUGGAAGGUCGUUCGGUGAACGACGCGAGCUCUUCGUUAUCCGCAUUAAACGAUCGACGGAUAUCGGUGAACGGCGUAUCUUUGGAAAACUCGCGCGAGAAAUCCACCGUGGACAAAGGCGAUUCCGUCAGCGGCGAGUCCGAUUCGGAGACCGAGUCCGAGACCGACUCGGAGACAGACGAGGAAGAGGAACGGUCCAGGGACGAGAACAGUAACCUGAGAAACAAGAAGACUGAGAAUGCCGAGGACAACGACCGUACGUCGAAAACCGAGAACGGUUCCGCAGAUUCGAAAACCGACGACGGGUCCACCGAGUCGGACACAGAUGACGAGAUCACCGUUCUGAGCGCUCCGCGAUCGGAGGAUCGUUACGGCAACUCGGAGCAGCACGACGAGACAGCGAAACGACGGAGUUCCUCGAUAAUCGGCGAGAAGAGCAUCGAGGAGCUGUUCGACGACAACGGAUGGGUGGUCACCGAUCAGGAUCUGCAGCCGGAGGGCUCGCGAAAGAUCUCCAAGAGCGACGAAAACAGCGAGCAGAAACAGAACAACCGCGAGGGCAACAAUACGCUGAGCCAGUCGGGCUCGAGCGAGAGUCUGCCGAGGAAUCGGGUGUACCGGCAGAGCAGCAUAGGUAAAAACGGAUGGCUGGUGUCGGACGAGUCCGACAGCGAAACGGACCGAGCCGCGUCGUCCCCCGAUGGUCCAGGGGUCGUAGACGCCUCCAAGAACCAAAAUGGCGAGCAGACCGCGAGAAACAAAGACGAUAAAGGUCCGAUGGCGACCGAUAGCGCAUGGAACAUCGACGAGAACGGGUGGGUGAUACUGAACAAGGUCGACGACACGCCUGUGGCGAAAGACGUCGAGGGCCAAAGCACGGACGAGACGAGCACGAUUCGUUCCCAAACGACCGACCUCGUAACGAGAACUAACAUUGAGAACGGUGCACUAGUCGCGAACGCUACCCAAUCCAAAGAGACCGACAGUUCCAACGAGCACGAGGACACGCCUGGUGUCAAUAUCACUAUACCGAUGCAAAUGGUAACCACCGUUUUCUGUGUGUCCGUACUGUGUUACAGCGUUCUAAUCAAUCUGUUCCUGUAACCCGAAUAUACGUGCCAUCCCGCCCCUCGUUCACGUUCAAACGUUCGCGUUCGUUCGUCGUCCACCACACCAUUUUUUUUUUAUUUUCUCGUUCGUGUUGUUGGCCGUGAAAGACUGCGAACCACACCCACGAAAACAGACGAGACUGGCUCCGAUAGCGAGAUCCGACGCAGCAGUUUCCCUCUUUUAUUUUUACCCUCGUUAUUUUUCAUCCCCCCUUUACAGUCUGCCCCCCUCUGCCCCUGUUUAUCGUGUCUUGUAUUUCGUUUUUAAUUUAUCUGUGAUAUAUAUUGUAUUGUCGAAAAUAUUACUACGAGCGAUAAAAUUUUGUGCGAACGGUGGUAGCAAACGCGUCGAUCGGCUAGAAACAGAAUGCAAACUGUCGAGAUAUUCAGUUUUUCGAGAUACUUUACGCCUCGUCCCUGUUAUUUGCUUCGCGAACGGUUCAUUUGAUUUCUGUCUGGCGAAACUGCUGCCACGGUGUCUUUCGUUCCCCUGGCGCGUCUUCUAGUCCACGGUAAAUCGCCGCGUGCCGCGCGGUGAUAAUAAAAAUCGGCGAGUAACGCCGGUAAAACAAUGCUAAUCCGCGUAGUAAUAUUGUAUGGUGGAACUUGCAUUUUAUUAAUUGUGAUAAUCGUACGUUACGAUCGUAAAAAUCUUUGUUGUUCCUACGUUGAUUCCCGCGAAUACGUGUCCCCCGCAUUGCUCAAAACAAGUAGCUUCGUAGUUAUGAGAGAAGUUAUGUCGGCUAACGCUCAGUAAACGUAGUGAGAAACGACCGUCCUCCCAAGAGCAGCUUAAAUCCACGCUGAAACGAAGCUUUUUUCAAUUCGUUCCCAUUGGAUCGUUGGCGCGAACCGCGUGUCACGUGGCACGGUUCACGUCGAUCGCGAGGCGAUUCGAAAAAUGGCGCAUGAACGCCUUCGCGGAACGCAACUCGAACCACGCAUCGACUGACCUCCGUUUCUCGUUUCGAAUAAUAAUAAUAAUAAUGAUGAUGAUUCGUCCAAGUCUAAAAUUUUUAAAUACGAAAUACUUUGACCCCUUCGAUUCUGACGGUGAUACGUGUAACGAUAUUUUGUAGUCGAUAGCAUUUUAUACAGAGCCAAAUCAUUCGAUGUAUUUUAUAACGUACGUUUACAGUUUUAUGAAAAAAAGAAAAAAAAAUUCAGAUUCGAAAAGGUUACCGUGUUUCGUGACCAAAAUUAUCGGAAAGAGACGUUCGCCAGUCGAUGCGCUGAAAAUCCCGUGACAUAUGGUUCCCCGCCUACGCCACGU